UCAGUUGUUGCUUUUCAUGCCAUGUUAAUGUCAGGCUUCCUUUUCACUGUGUUCUGCUGUGUUGUGAAGUUGACAUUAAGUUGCUAAUGUAUUAUUACAUGACUGCAUGUUUCAUGCUUCAGGAGAGGGAGGAUAGGCUAUGUCGGGUCAAAGCGCAAAGAAAAAGCGGCUUGGAUCACGUCGAGCUGCGUCGAGACCAAAGGAAGCAGCUGAGAGCGACGAGUUCCAUGUAGCAGGCAGCGAUUCUGCAGCACAACAGCAUGUAGCAGAAGACAGAACUGAAGCAGCCGGUGCCACGCCAAAACCCGAUGAGUUCAGACUUGAAACCCAGCAGCCGAUACCAGUGAACAGGAAAAAACUUGGCUCAAGCCGAAGACACAAAGGAAAGCAGCAUGGGAAGGACUCCGACAUCGACACGUGCCCCGAAAUGAGAGAGGAAGUUGAGGAAAGCUCCAGGGGUCUUAAUACCUCUGAAACCACACAAAUGUCAGAGGCAGCACAACUGGAAAGUCAGAAGGAAAUAUGUGAAGGGAGUCAGCUUGCUAUUUCUGCACCACUAAAGACCUCUCCAACAAUCUGUCCAGAGGAGGCGUUGGAAAGUUUAGGCCCCCAAAAUCAGAACAAGCUGCAGUCGUUUCAAAAUGAAAAAAUGGCAGAAAAUCCGCAUGAAGAUGGAACCUUUCAGUUAACAAGUCAAAGCGUUCUUUCAUAUCCUUCGGUGGAUACACAGCUUGUCAACAUUUCCCCAUUAGAUUUCAUGGGCCUGGCAGAACAGGGACUUUCCCAUCCUGAUUCUGUUGACGAAACUGAAAGCAACAAAACAUUUUACACAGACUUGUUCGCCGAGAGUACACAUUCACAGGGCAGCUCCCUGAUUCGCGACUCAUUUGAAGAAUCAGUUUUAGAUUCUAAAACACUAGAGAUAACUGCAGAUAGAAGCAGUGCCAGAGAAAUUGUUGAAGUGAAACAGAGUCUUGAGCAACCUAUGCUUUCAUCAUUAAAAGACGAAGUGGUUGCAACCGAGGAACAAAAUGUGCAUUUCAACUUAUUUGAGGAGAGAUAUGCUCCACACCCAGAGGAGAUUGUUGAUAAUAGAUUAGAUAACAAGACACAAGAUAGGUAUCGAAAAGAGUUCUUUCCUCACAGUCAGACGCUUCAUCCACCAGAAGAUGUCUCUUCUGGUCAAGCUGGAAUCAUGAACAUACCCGACCCUCAAUCUUCAAAGCAAGGACAUCAAAUUAAGGAAUCUAAUGAUGAAGUUUCAGGAAACCUGAAAACAAUAAUGUCAUCAACAAGAGAGGAGAAGAAUGAGGAGCUGAGUGAAGGAGGCAAACAUGACAGCUCAAUGUUUUCAGAGUCAGGCAAUCAAGUGGCCGUGUCUGAUCAAUCAGUUGAAGACACGCCGAAAGGGAAAAAUGAAUCGGACACGCCUGAAAGUGAGGAGGUCAAAGGUUAUCAUUACUCAGUGGAUGAUGUGAGGAACAAGCUAGAAGAGGAAGUUAAACCAACACAGACAGAAGAAGCAGUGCUCGUGUUUAACACUUCUGAAAGGGUGCCGAAUGAUGCAGCAGAUUCCGACGAUUCUGAAAUGAUUUCAGAACCCGUGACAGACGAAACAGAAGUCAUAGACACCUAUCGGCCUGGCGUGGUUGUGAAGGGUGCUGUUGGUUCUGCAACCAACAGGGAAGACUCACAUUUGGACUGGAAACAGGAUGAGAACCACGGUGAAGUAGGUCACCUGGAUGAGAGUAGAAGUCUGGACAGUUCCUCAUGCAUAGACGAGCAAACUGAGGCUGGCUUUGGCCAAAGUGAGAACGGAAGCAUGUUAGGGUCUAGUUAUAGUGAUGAAGGAAGACAACAAAUUAAAGAAUCUGAAGUCAAACUCUCAGAUAAUGAUGACAGUGGAGAGACAAUGCCAUUAACAACAGAAACACAGAAAGACGAAAGUCUAUUUAAAGAAUAUGAAGCUAUUCCAUCUGUGCCACAUGGCAGCCCAGUCUUUUCAGCGUCUACUAUUGGUUAUCCCUCUGAGCAUCAAAAUCCUUUGGCGAAAAACUUUCCGCACACUGAAAUGGAAAGUGCAAUUCCUGAAUGCAGAAAUAUUCUAGAUCAAGAUAUGAGAGAAACAGGCUUAAAAACAGAGGCGUCAGACAAGUCAGAGGAAACCAAACUGGACUAUUUAGAUUCUUCUGACCCUCUUGAGAAAGAAAGACAUUUGACUUUAGAAAGAAAAGGCGAGGGUUAUUCUGUGGAUGAUUCAAAGCAACCGUGGAUUAACUACAGUGAAAUAGGAGACCUCACACUCGGUCAUGUGUAUGACGAUAAGGACCAAUUAGACAAUGACGUCAAGCACAGUGCUGAAAAAUCUGUUUCUCAGGAAACAGGCAUUUUUGACAUCGAAAAGAGCCAUUUUUCUUCCCAAACUUCACCAUCACAACAAAAUAUUUCUUCUGACUCCAAACAUCAGGACAUUUCUCCCAGUGCAAAUGAGCAAACUGAAACGGACUUUGACCCCAGAAGAAACAGAAGGAAACUGGGGUCCAGCCGAAGGAUAAAAGACAGACAGGAACUUAAGAAAUCAAAUAUCGAUGCUGCAGAAAAUACAAAUGAACCUGACACCCCUGAAACUAUGAUAAUGUCAUUAACGCCCGAGUCAAGGCAAGACGUGGCUCAACAAAGUGAACCUGAUACCCUGUCCGCAUCACAUAGCAGCUCUGUGAUUUCAAUUUCUACACCUGAUUAUUCUUCCGAGGUUCUGAGCACUCCUCUCACCAACUAUUCCGAGACAGACCUUCAAAGUUUCAUUCCUCACGGUCAACACUUUAAAGGAGAUCUAGAUGAUGGAUUCACAGGAGGAGUGAUUAUAGAAGGACUGUUUAAUAAAUCAGAGAAAAUCACGAUGGAAGAUUGUGAUACGUCUGUCAUUCUUGGGCCAGAGGAGGCCAGAGGAGGUCUUCACAAUCGUGAAGAGGAUCAGCCACAAAUUGAAAAAAUGAACCUAAUUCCUGACACCUUCAACAGUAUGUUAGAUGGCGCUGAUGAUAAUUCUCAAAUGAUUUCAGGAGAUUUGAAAGAAGCUCAAAUCAAAAGCGCAGGUCAAUAUGACGUAAUGGCCAAAAGUCCUCCUGACUCUGCCGCCAAACAGAAACACUCAGAUCCUGAUGACCCACAAGUUGAGCAUUACACCAAAGAAUCUAACUUAGAGCCUCCUGAUCAGAAAAAUGAGGAUGAUCCUUUACAUUCUGCAAGGAGCGAUGAGGAAGGACAACACAUGUCCUCAGAUUAUGCAGAUGUGGUGAAAGGCGAUUUGAAAACCAACACUGAAGAAAUAUUUCACAGGGAAAAGGAAGAACUUUUCUCUGAAACUGAGGCGAACAACUCGUGUUUAGAAAAGGUUUAUUCCGAAACUCCUUUUGACGCUCAACCUCAGGAGAAUGCAGAGGCAGAGAGUAGUUUCGACGACUUUGGCAAUACAAGAAAACUGGCAUCUAACCUUAGACACAAAGAAACUGAAAGGUUUGAGGUCUCUGUAACUGAGUCAUAUGGCAAACCUAUUGAGGGAGCUAAUGCUAAGACUGCAGGUGAAGAACCCAGUGGAACAACUGAAUUACUACCAACAGAACAAACAAAGGGCUGGAUCGCUUCAGUGGAAACCAUAAUGGAAGGAACAGACAAAUGUGACCCUGCUCAGACAGAGGAGGAAAAUGUUGGCGGAGUUGUUUGUACUUCUGGAUUAACUACAGUUGAUUUAUUUGCAAAUCCCUCAGAAGAUAAACAGGUGAUUGACCAGUCGGAGCGCAGACAGAUGUUACAUGAUGAGCAUUCCAGUGUCGCUUCUGCAAAAGAUGAAGGAAUAGACAAACUGUUAAAACAGGAGGGAAUUUUCCAGGAAUAUUCACUGACUGAACCCUACGUUGGUCCAACGAAAGUGGCGAUAUCUACAGAAAAUAGCAGUCACGAAGAACAAACAGAACCUGAAACAGUAUUUACGGAUAUUUCUGCAAAUACAAGCCAACCUGAGAUAGACAUAAAAAGUACAGAUAUCCAGAUGUCUUCUGAUCUUGAUAACCAGCAGGUCCUGUCAGAACAGAACACCUUUGAGGCUGUACACCAUGAACAUGACAUUAGGAAAAAAGAAACAGAUGGCACAGAAAGAGUAUACACGGGACAUCAGGACAACAAAGGACACUUUAGUACACUUCAGGAAAAUAACCCUGAUCCCAGUCCGGGCGUAAACCAAGGAAUACUGGGGUCAAGCCAGGAUGGAUUAUUAGUAACUUUGCAGGAAGAAAUGGACAAAACUGGCAGUGCUGCAAGUGAAUAUGUGACUGUUGAUGCCAAGCAAAACGCACAUUUUAGCGGCAUUGCUCCACUGUCUGAGUGCACCAAUCCGGCAGUGGAUCGACAGCUAAUCAAAUCAAAUUCCAGCGAGGUGCCAGACGAAGGACUUCCCGCUUUGUAUUCUGUGUCAGAAAACAGAGAAACUGUCAAGGACACACAGAUGUUAAAGCUGGCUGAACAGUUCCUGGGAAUUGAUCCAUUUAUGGAUGUGGAUUCAGAAUACGGAAAGUCUUCCAUGACAGCAGAGAUAUUUUCUGAGAAAAACAACCCUAGAAAACAUGAAGUUCGAUGCAGUGUUGAGCAAGAAGCAUUUUCAUCACCAAAAGAGGAGAUAGCUAAAAAUAGGGAACCUAAAGAGCAGUUCGGCUCAUCUGAAGUCAGAGAGACUCAGCAGUCAGAUGGUGUUGUAAAUAAAUUACAGAAAGAUCACACCGAUGCUACACAAAUACAAGUAAUGCAUCAAAUCACUUAUCCUGCAGCUCUGGAGGAUAAACCUCUUCUACAAACAUUAGAAACAAAUAUUUAUUUAGAUUCCCCGCUUCAGAGCAUUAAUGAUGAAAUUCACACAGACAUUAAACCAGCAGGAAAUAAAAGGAGACUGGGCUCAAGCCGACGAUCUAAAGGAAGACAACAAGUGAAGGAAGAAACUUCUGAACCACAACCUGAAACUACAGACCAUGCAGAAGCCACAAAGGUGGAUGAGUCUCUUAAAAUAGCAAAAAUGUCAUUAACAACAGAGGCAGCCGUACAGGAAGAAUCAGACAACCUCAAUUUUGCAGAGGACGCCACAAAAAGUGGGUCAACUGAGAGCGAGGACACAGAGAAGCUUUCGGAGGAAGAUAUGUUCUUCACCCAGAAUGUUAUGAUCACCAGGGCUUCAGAAACACCAGACUUUAUUUCAAAUUCAGACAGCAGCGCUUCUCUCAAACCCAACGCCGACACAGAAGAGAAUAAAACACCCGUUGAAGAACCUGAGAAUAUAGGCGGACUCACAGGAAGUGACAUAGAUGAUAUGAACUUGUUUCAAACAGCACAUGUCUCAGCUUGGAGAGGUGAGUCAGACAUGCAGAACAUCUCAUCUCACGAUGACAAUAGCAGCUUCACGCCGAGAACUAAGGAUGUGGUUGAUCAGAAAGAAGCCAGUCAGACACAAAACACAGAAGUUCUAACUUGCGACAGUGACUCGCCUGGGCACAAAAUCUAUGUGGAAGAAACUGAGACGUGUGCCGAGGUGGCAGGGAGUUCGAUGGAUGUACAAGGUCUUGAAGAGGACGAAGCUGGAAGAAAACGUGAGGAUCCUGCUAAUGAAUUCAAAGCAGCUCAAGGAAUAUACACUUCACCUCAGAUUGUGUCUGCAGCACAAGAGCCAGCAGUGGACGUGUCUUCCAGCACAGAACUUUCAACAGAAAUGGAUGCAUCAAACAACAGCGAGUCUGAGAGAAGUAAUUCGGGAUAUUGUGAAAUUGUGCCUGCGAUAUCCAGACACAAGAAGAGAAAGCUGGGCUCCACCCGCAAAAACCAACUCAGCAGAAGACAAGAAAAGGAUAAAGUCCAGGAAGGAACAACAGAAACAGAGUCAGAUGUGAGGAAUCUUGUUGAGAUUGAAGUCGUGGAGCAGCUGCAGGUAUGUGCAGAGAUGUCACAAAAUGAAGACGCAUCACUGGUGUUGAGUCUUACUCACAAAGAACUACAGGAAAUAAGUAACCCCCCCUCUGCUCAUGACGAGGAGCGUGAGCAACAAGGCAACACUGCUGAUGUGCAGAGCUCUGAUAGUAAUGUGAGACCAGAUAUAAAUGAUUCACUGGAUCUCUCUCCUCAGCAGUCUGCCUCUCACAAUGUGAGCAUUGUCAGUCCUGCUAAUGAUGCCGAUGUAAGAGUCGGUGAAAUGGAUAUAAAUGUUACUGUACAGCCAGCACAGACACCAAGCCCUGAGAUCCAAGUAACCUCUGAAAGAAACAGACAAGAAACUGAAAAUGCUGCAAUUACUGAUGUCGCAAGAGAGAGUUUAAUGCUUCAUAGUGAGAGUGCACAGGUUACACACAGAGAGGAAAAGCCAGAGAGCGUUGAAGUAACACAAGACCCAAAGAAUGAUCCACAAAACAGAGACAGUGAUGAGCUUGAAAGCACACAUUUCAAUGAGCAGACGAAAACCAACAGAAGACGAAAGAUGGGCUCCUCUCGCAGAAACCUUGUUUUUCAAGCCAAAGGAGAAGAGUUGCAACAAAAGCAGGAGGAAGAUACUAAGGCAACAGAGUCGCAAACACCCGACAGAAGUGCAACGGCAAUAACUGUCCCUGGAUUUGAAGAACAAGAGCUGCAACUUCACACUGAAGACAGACACCAUCACUCUGAAGAAAAAGAGGAGAUCAUCCUUGAAACAGUGGAAUGCACUCAUGUUCAUGAAUCUCAGUUAAAGCCCCUGGUUCAGCAAACAGCUCCUCAGAGCCAACCGGAAGAAACAGAGCAUCAGUUGUUUGAUUCUGGCUGCUCUCCGUCCACCACUGAUACCAUGUCUGAGCUGGCGUCUGGAGGCAGGAGAAGGAAAAUGGGAUCUCAUCGAAAGUCACGCGGACAUCAAAACCAGAAGGACCAAAGUCGAAGAGUGAUGGACGCAGGAGAUGAGAGGCGUGUCCGCAGUAUCACAGAAGCAACCGAAGAGCAGACAGAAGAGCCAUCAGGUCGAGAUCACAUAUCCGAGGUUGAUGGAAGGCAGACGACACCAUCACCCAGCUUCAGUGACCCUUUAAGGCCUCUCAGUGAGAAGACCCCAUCCCAGCCUCAUGGCGCAGGCGUCGCUCUGAAUCAGGAAAGUCAAACACAGUUGUCUUUAGCUGGUAAUCCCAGAGGAAAGGAACUCAAAUCAAAUAACUACAAUGUGGUGAUGAUUGGAGACAGCGGUGUGGGAAAAACCUCGUUUAUGAAGAGAGCUCAGAGCGGAAAGUUUUCCUUAAUCCUCCCCACCUCUAUUGGCCUGGAUUCCUGCAUGUGGACAGUGGUGGUGGAAGGGAAUCCUGUGGUUCUACAUGUGUGGGACACGGCAGGUCAAGAAAGGUUUCGCAGCAUCACGAGACAGGUUUUUCACAGAGCCCAGGGGUUUCUCUUGAUGUACGACAUCUCGUCCGCCCAGAGCUUCUCUGCAGUCAGCUACUGGGCCAGCUGUAUUCAGGAAUCCAGUGCAGAAAAUGUGGCUGUUUUGCUUCUUGGGAACAAGACUGACUGUGCAGAUCGAAAAGUCACAGCUCAACAGGGAGACGCUCUUGCGAAGGAAUACAAUUUUGAAUUUAUGGAAUGCAGUGCUGCCACAGGGGAAAAUGUCGUUCAGUCUUUGGAAAGCAUAGCAAGGAUGGUGAGCCAAAGAUGUGACUCGAGAAGGGAAGCCACAGUGUUACACAAAGGGCCGGAGAAGAAAAAAGGAUCAAGAUGUUGCUGAAAAGGUGCAUUUAUCUAAAAAGAAAGAGGAGAGUGAAUUUACUGAACCUUCAAGCACUUACUGAGCAAGACACCAAAUCAGUGAGCCUCACUUCUUCCUGUUUCUUCUCAACUACCAAUGAUGAGAAAAUGACCCAGAAGGCUUGAAGCACAGUUUUGAGACACAUCGGAAGAAAUACUGCUUGUGUAGGAUUUGUAUACUUUCUGUAAAUAAUGACAAUACAGGAUAAUUCUGCUUUAACUGCUUCAUAUAUUAACAUCAGUGCUGACGUGUUUUUCCCCUUUACCUUGGAAAAGCACUUUUCCCCUACGCAGAUUUACCUGAUCAGAGUGGAGUAAAGAAAUUCAAGGCACCAUAUUUAAUCCCUCUACCCGUAAAACACAUAACAGGCAGACUGAAGGCCUGGGUAGCAAUAACACGUUACUCUGUUGGUCAGUAGUACUGAAUAAGACGUCAACCACAGUUUAAAACCUCUUUUCAAAUUUAAGCCAUAUUUUAAACUAUGAAAAGGGUUUGACCUUUUUUCACAGGCUUUGAAUUCCAUGACAUAAUAGACCCUUUUGGCACUCUUCACACAAAAAAAACAUUUCCAUGAGUGCUUUAAUGACUGCCCUCAUGUGAAUCAAAGGAUUUAAAUUUAGGUAAUUUUCACAAAUAUAGCAUUUUGCUUUGAGAAAAAAUAUUUACUGUUAUGUUUAUGACAAAAAAGGACCAUUUUUAUUUGUAUAUGAGUGUGUUAAUGCACAAGAUUUUAAUAUGUAAAGGUAAGAUCAAAUGUUUGUGUGUCUUAAGCACAGUGCUGGAAAAACGAUCAACAGGUUUUCAAUAAUAAUUUGUUUUCUUUUAAUGUUGUUACUGUGUAUUUCCCACCCAGUUAAUGUAAUUACACACAUCAACUAUCAUGCUUAAUAAACCUCCUGAAUGACA